CCCGGUGACUGUCCUCCAUCCUAGGCCCAGCUCAGCCCGCAGCCGCCGCUCCGCCUCCUGCUGGGUAGACCGGAGGGAGCCCGCGGCGGACGUGACGCCAGGCCGAGGCCCCAGGGCGGUGCAGGCAGCCGAGCUAGCCUGCUCCGGGGUGGACCGGGAGGACGCAGCCAGCAGCAUGAUUGUCCUCGUCCUCCUGAUGCUGUCCGCGGAGGCCGGGAGCAGAGCUGAGACAAGCACCCGGGAUCCGGAGUUGCCCACCGUGCCUGCACCAACCAGUGUUCUAAUUACAUCUUAUAACUUGAACCCUGUCGUAUGCUGGGAAUACCCAAACAUUUCACAUACACCUGUUUUUAGUGUACAGGUAAAGAACUAUUGGCCUGGAGAAUGGACUGAUGCCUGCACCAAUAUCUUUGAUCAUUGUUGCAAUAUUUAUGAACAAGUUCAUGAUCCUAUUAAUUCUGUCUGGGCCAGAGUUAAAGCCAGGAUUGGACAAAAGGAAUCUGACUAUUCAGUGUCAAAAGAUUUUACUAUGUGCAGGCAAGGAAAAAUUGGGCCACCCAGAGUGGACAUCAAAAGGAGAGAAGAACAGGUCACUGUUGACAUAUUUCACCCCGAGGUCAUCGUAAAUGGAGAAGUGUUGGGAAUCAUGUUUGAUGACGACAGUGUCUGUCACACAUUCGAUUACCGUGUGUACGUGCGAAGGAACAGAACUGGUGAUAUCCUAUUUACAAAGCAUGUACUCAAAACACAAGAUUGCAGCGAGACUGAAUGUCAGUUAAACAUCACAGUCACCUCCCUAGACUUCGAGUACUGUGUUUCAGUAGAAGGAAUCUCAGACUCCUGGGAACUUACAACUGAAAAAUCAAAGGAAGCCUGCAUUAGCCUUUCCCAUAACAGCAUUAAAGGUUCAGUUUGGAUUCCAAUUGUUGCUGCUUUUGUGCUGCUCUUCCUAAUUGUUAUCGUGGGAUUUGCAUAUUGGCAUCUUAAGAAGAAUCCACUUAAGAAGCAAAGCAUGAUAUUACCCAAGUCCUUGCUCUCUGUGGUAAGGAAUGCCACUUCGGAGACAAAACCUGAAUCAAAAUACAUAUCGCUCAUCACAUCGUGCCAGCCCCUAGUCCCAGAAAAUGAGACAGUGCUCUCCGAAGAGCCACUGUCUCCAGUGACAACUCCAGACAACCCAGGAGAAGCAGAACAUGGAGAACAUUCUAUUGAAACAGAAGUGGUGAUUAUGGAAGGAAGUACUUCUGACUUGACCCCUGACAGCCCUCCAACUCCAAUAAAGAGAGAAAAUUCUUCUCCUCUAAGUAGUAACCAGUCAGAACCCUGUACCAUCACCUUAAACUCCUAUCACUCCAGAGACGGUUCUGAUAGUGGCCUUGUGGGGUCAGGCAGCUUCAUAUCUGACUCCGAAUUUCCCCCACCUAAUAAACCUGAAAUAAAGACAGAGGAACAAGAAUCCACAGCUGUGAGAAAGGCCCCCACCUCGUUUGGUUAUGAUAAACCACACGUGCUGGUAGAUGUGAUUGUGGAUGGGGGGGAGAAGGAGUCUUUGAUUGGGUAUAGACUCACAGCACGUGCCAAAGAACUGUCGUAAGGUCCUCUGCCUUCUGCCAACAGUAAAGGAUCUGAUUUUCUCGGAGGUGUUUCUGCUUGAUUUCAUUAGGUAUUCUGUCUUUGUUGUUAUUAGCCAAAUGGGGUGUCUCAGUUUAGAUUGACAUGUAAAGAACUGGGGGUGUCACCGCUUAGGCUGACGUGUAAAGAACCACUGGGCACUGUCAGGUUUACUCUGAAAACUACGAAGAGUUUUUCAAAGAAACCUACUGCUGCUUGUGAGCCUUGUUCAAGGUGUGUUGGCAGUAGCCCUGCUUAUUAGCAUUGCUUCCUGCAGCUGUGGGUCACUCUCUGUCCUCAUCACCUCAAGAGAUGUAAUGUAUCUUUAUUUCCAUGUACCUCAGUAUGUUGUAAGUUCAUGUAUAUAGUAUUUUUUACGUUCAUUUGUAAAGAAAUCCUGUGACCUACUCAAAGUUGAAUUUAAAUUCUAAAUCAAGAAUUUAAUAGAUCAUGUAAAUAGAAGCUUGUAUAUAUAUUUUUUAUGGAGCAUUACUUGUAAUUUUUAAAUAAAGUGUCUUAAAACCAAAGCUUUUUUGAUG